GUUUUUUAGCAAUAUGUAAACAAUAAUUACUAACAAUUUAAGUAAUCCGAUGCAUCUAACAUUUUCCCACAGUGUAAAUAUAAGGCGAAAAGAUAAUUUUGUAUUGAUGGUCAUUUUGGACGUCAGACGGAACCAUAUAAUUGCAGUGAUACCAAAGGUAUUAUGAAGUGAACACAACUAUGAAUAACAGGAAUAAGCGAGCUCGACUGGAGUUGUCUUUGGCACCGGCAACUAUUGAUGUUGGCACCAUUAAUAGCUGUUCUGUGAAUGCAACUGAUAUAGCGUCCAGCAUUGGUGGCACGUCAAAUAUCUUUUUGGGUAAUACUUCGAACGCAAGUGUCAAUAGUACUAGUUCGGUUAAUAUGUUACCCACAAACGUAUUUCUUACAAUCUGUGAUGAGAACUCAAAUGAAUCGCAGGAAUAUCUGGCCAUUGGCAGUACUCUGACACCGAUUAAACAAGAACAUGCCGACACUUUAUGCAGCAGUAGCACACAGGCCACACAAACCUUGCCAUUGCAAUAUCGCCUUGUCAAUCAAAUACAACGUCAACCACACAAUAUCGAUAAUAUUAACAACAGCAGCAUCGUUAAUAAUGGUGCAACUACGACUUUUAAUGCUGCGCUGCCAAUGCAUCUACCAAACGGUUGCGAAAUUUAUAUAGUCAAGGAGUAUGUAGACAAUGUGCCCACCAUUCUCACAGAUGAAAGUGAGUUAUUGCAAGGAUCAAGUCCGCCAGCGACCGACACAACAGAAACAAUUAAAUUAGAGCCGGACUCUUGUGUAACAUCCACAGCAUGUGCUAGUACUGCUACUUCCACAACCACCAUCAAUGACGUGCAAAUUCUGCGUAAUACACCACAGCACCAUAUAAGCGCUAAUAAGUCGGCCAAUGUCACUGCCGAUGGGCGGACAAAUGCAAAUAGAAAUACCACAGCGGCAGCAAGCAUUAGCGUUCCAGACACACAAGGCAAUAGUACAAAGCGCAGUUGCAUAUUAGAGGCGUAUAAAAAGCGUGAUGAUAAACGCCGUGCAACUCAUAAUGAAGUUGAACGACGGCGACGUGAUAAAAUAAACAACUGGAUUUUUAAACUGAAAGAAAUGCUGCCGACCGAUGGCGUUAACAAUAAUAACAAUAAUCAACAAAUUGGCAUGGUGGAACAAUUGACAACAAAAACCAAUGCUAACACUAAUCCUAGUAAUAACAACAGCAACAGCAGCAAUCGAACGCCGCCCAAUGAUUCCAAGUCACAAAUACUAAUCAAAGCUUGCGAGUAUAUCAAAACCAUGCAGGACGAGAUAAAGAGUCUGCGUGAGUGCCUUAGCGAAAAUGAAAACCUUCGUCUGAGUAAUCAGCGUUUACAAAAUGAAUUAACGAAAUUGCAGCGCGACCAUGUAGCGAACGAAAGGGCCAAUUUGCACACGCGCAAUUUCAAUAACAAUUUCAAUAUAACCUUAAACAGUUUAAAUAGCAAUAAUAGCAAUGGUAGUGGUGGUGGUGGCAGCGCCAGCAGUAGCCCUGGUGGCACUGGCAACAGCAUUUUCGCCGCCCUCAAUAUACCAUCACACACAAGCAACGCGAAUACGUUCACGAAACGCGAGUUAAUCAUACGAGAUUAUGUCGAUUAGAAUUUUAGUCAUUUGUUAUUUUUUUUUUUUUACUUAAAUAACUGUAUCGAAGUGAUGCUACAAAUGUUCAACUGUCGGGCCAAAACUUCUGCAGUGCUAAACGAGUUUUUAUAUACAUUUAUGUAUACAAAUUUAUUAAUUACUUUACUGACACAACACUCACUACAUAUUUCUCCAUACGAGUUUAAAGAAUUUACUAUUUCACUAUUAUUGUUAACAAAGUAUGCCGUUUGUAAUAAUAUAACUAAAAUUAUAUAAAAAAAUUACAUAAGUAGGUACUAUACUCUCUACAACUAUCGACAUGAAAUGUGUAAUUAAACUUAAAGCUCUAGUUACUAUGUGCUUCUCUAAUACAUAUUAUAUGCGCUUCCUCUAAUUAGUGCAAAAAGCUGAGUUACUGACGCUUUCGUUUACUCUUACUCUAUAACUCUCACAGAAAUAUAAUAUACAUAUAUGCUAAAGUUAGGCAUAUAAAAUCACUUGUUGCAUAAAUUUAAGAAAAAAUUAAAGUGUUAUAAGCAAAAUAUACAUGCAUAUGUAUAAAUGUAUGUUAUGAAUUAUGCAAAGCAUAAAUAUUUUUUUAAUUUUGUUAUAUAAGUUGAAUGUGCAAUUUAUGGAAUUUAAAACGAUUUAUCAGGGAUAAUUUUUAAGUUUAAUUUUUUUAAGAUUUUAAUAUUUAAGUUGACAAAACAGAUGCUUAACUUUUUAAAUAAAGUUAUUAAAUCGUAUAUCUGCGUUUAAAAGUAAUUAAACUAAAACUAUAAACUGAACAAUUUCGUUGAUUUAGUUUGUGUGUUUACGAAAACAAAUAUCAUUUACACAAUGUUUUUUUUCAUAAUUUACAUGCAACUACUUAAUUUGCUAAAUAUAAUAUUAGAAUAUCCACUGGAACGAAAAUACUUAAAUUACCAAUAUUUUUUAAAAAGAAAAAAUAUAUUCUUAAUAUUAAAUAUUUACAAAAAUUUUCAAGUUAUCUAAAAUCAUGCUAUACAUUUCAAAUUCAAAAUAAUUGUUACUUAAGUUUUCAAAACAUAUAUUUUCGACGUAGUUUUACACUACAAUUUGAAAAAAUCAUACAUUAUUUUCAAUUAAAAAAAAUGGAGAAUACGUUUCGAAUCAAAAAAAGCAUACGUUUCAAUUAAAACAAAUUAAACAGACAUUUUAAUUAAUUAAAAACCUACGUUACAACUUUCUAAACACAGUUGAUACAUAUUUUUUAAAUUUUUUUACAGUUAUAAAGUAUCCUAUAGAACAAAUAAUUAGUGUUCCACUGUUUAACACAUGCAUAAAACAAGUUAAAAACGAGAAGAUCAGAAAUUAAUAAAACUUGAGAGACAUAUAAAAAUAUUGACUCCAUUAGAAGUAUAUGCAAUUUUCGUAAAAAAUACGAAACGCAUAUUUCUUUUUGAAAACUGGUUAUUUUUUAGUAGAUUCCAAAAACAUUGUUAUACAGUUAUGUAACGACAACACUGUUAAAAAGUAGAAAUUAAUAUAUAUCUAACCAUUUUUAUCUGACCGCCAAAGUCAAAUAUAUAUUAAUAUACACAUAGUACAUAUUAAAUAUGAUUAAUAAAAUAAAUUGUAAUAAAUUUAAGUAUGUUUAAAGUGAUAACUUAAAACAAAUAAUAGUAGUAAUAAUGUUCACAUUAAACAAGAUUUGCUGUGACACGUUACACUCAUUUUUGGUAAGCGUUGUUAGCAUAAAAUGUUUAAAAUAAAUCGUUGUUUUUAUAAGCGUUUGUAGUGUAAAGCAAGCAAUUUUUGCCUUUUACCUUAUAUAACAUUUAUAAAAACGUUGAGAAUUACAUAUAAAAAUAUA